AUGGCUAUCACUGAUUCGAGUACUGAAUCCAAUGGUUCCCCAUCGGUCCUCGAGGUCGAGUCUGGUGUCGAUGCUAGUAGUCCUCUCUACAUGCAUCCUUCAGAUAAUCCCGGCGCGAUGUUAGUUCCAGUUCCUUUCGGUGGUUUAGGUUACAGAUCGUGGAGAAGGAGUGUUAUGCGAGCCCUAUCUGUCAAAAACAAAUUAGGUUUUAUCAAUGGCGAAUGCAAGCGACCAGAUCCACUGAAAGAGCCUUUGAAAUUUCGAUUGUGGGAACGAUGUGACGAUAUGGUUACAUCAUGGAUCCUCAAUUCUCUUGCCAAGGACAUUGCUGACAGUGUUGAAUAUGCAAAUGAUGCAGUCGAGUUGUGGAAAGAGUUGGAGGAUCGCUACGAUUUGACCAACGGAACCAAACUAUAUCAAAUUCAGAAGGAAAUUAAUGACCUUUCUCAAGGAGCUUUGGACAUCACAGGCUAUUACACUAAAAUGAAGAAGUUGUGGGAGGAACUGAGUACACUAAGUGCCAAAACACAGUGUACCUGUCAAUGCACGUGUGGUGCUAAGGAAAAUAUGCAUAAAGCUGAACAAGACAGACGUUUGAUUCAGUUUUUGAUGGGCCUGAAUGAAGUAUACACAACUGUGCGAGGCAGCAUUCUUAUGCUAAACCCCUUGCCUUCUAUGGCACAAGCAUUCUCCCUACUAGUUCAAGAAGAGAAGCAGAGGGAAGUUAAGCCAAGCAAUUAUGUGAUGAUAGACUCUUCGUCUUUAAAUGUUAAUGUUCCAAGGAGUAAUAUCAGAAAUGGCCAACAAUAUGCAGAUUCUACCUCGUUCAAUGUUGAUACAUCGAGGAACAACAACUUUAGAACCAACUAUUCUCCCAACAAUUACUCUCCCAAUGUCACCAGACCACGUCCCUUUUGUGACUAUUGUAAGCGCCCAGGCCAUACUAAAGAAAAGUGUUAUAAGCUACAUGGAUACCCCCAGGGGUUGAACUCAAAUCCAAAUCCCAAAUUUAACAGAGGAAAGAGAACUGUGGCCAAUGUACAUGGUGCACUUGAAGACAACUCUGGUAAACAAGAAGAAGUGGAAUCUCUGGAAGGCAAAUGUAACUCCAGUGUCAAUUUGACCAAAGAACAAUAUGGGCAACUGGUUUCCCUGCUGCAGCAUUUUCAUUCUGGAAAUAACAAAGAGACCUCCAGCAUCUCUAAUGGAGCUGUGAAUUUUGCAGGUACGAUGGCUUGCUCUGCUUCUGUUCUCUCCAUUGAUUAUAGCUUAUUAUCAUGUAAAUGUUUUACAUCAAGUAGUGAUAUAUGGAUCCUAGACUCAGGAGCUUCCAACCACAUGACUUUCAGUAAGUCCCUCUUGUCUGACACUAUAAUUUUACCAUAUCCCUUGCUAAUUAACCUACCAAAUGGUUAUCGAGUAAAAGUGACUAAAAUUGGGACUGUUACACUUGCACCUGAGAUCAUCUUGCACAAAGCCCCUUCAAUGAAGAGGCCUCUGGAGAUUGGUAAGGUCGAGGAUGGACUAUACCUUCUUUGCUCAAGCUGCUUGAGGCAUUCUUGUUCUGUUGCAUCCACUGCCAAUUGUUCAUUCCCACUUCAUGCUUUACCUGCUUCACAUGAUGCAGCCUUAAAUCCAGCUGGCAGGCUAGCCAUGACCCUUGAAUUUGAUGGCCCUAUAGCUGCCUAA